AUGGCCACCAGUAGAACACCAACCCUGCCUAAUGCCUAUGGUGGUAAAAUUCCAUACCAAUGUGACUCCCUGUCACUUUUGGAUGUCUUGUGGGAGAAUGAGUUUGAGGGGGACACAAUCAACCAAACAGAUGCAGCCAUGGCAGAGGUCAACUUUUACAAGGGAGCGCCACCUCAAUGGCUGAACUUCUACCUGGCUGAACAAGAAGCAGCUGUGGAUUCAACCUUCAUAAAGAGGGAUGGAUACCAUUCCUUAAAAAGGCUGAUUCAAAGUAAGCGAAAAAGUCCUCGCAGCACUGCCAUUGUCAAGCUUUUGCACCAGCCAAGCAGUGGGGGAUCCACCCUAGCCAUGCAGGUGCUCUGGGACCUGAGGAAAAAGCAUAGGUGUGCAGUCUUAAAAGAGUCAACGGGGGCAAACAGCACCGCUAUCGCCGGCCAAGUAAUAACCCUUUUCAAGGCAGGAGAUUCACAAAACACUGUGCUCCUCCUGCUUGAGGAUGAGAACAUGGCGGAUUGCCUGAUGAGAGAAAUUGCAGAGAGAAAGAUUACGUCAAAAGUUCCUGUACUCAUCAUGUUAAACUGUGUGCGUAAGUCUUUUAUCGCGGAACAAGACGAUCUAACAACCAGAACUUCAGUGAUCCUUAGAAGACAGCUCUCUGAAGAAGAGAAAGACAAAUUCAUCAAUAAGCUAGAUGCGAUCCGUAAGCGCUAUGCAAACCAGCAUACCAAGUUCCAUGGUUUCAACAUAAUGUGUGGACAUUUCAGUAAAACAUACAUCCAGGAUAGUGUUAAGGCUUGUGUUAAUAAACAUUUGUUGAAGCCCCAAAACCUGCUCCUUCCAUUUUUAGCAUUGCUAAAUUUCUACGUCCCUGGAUCCUACCUUCUAGAGUCUGAAUGUGCAGAAUUCCCUGAUGCAAGGUCUCAAGACUUUGGGAGUGGAUUGCACCCUUUCAAUGACCUCAUAGUCACGUUCUCCGGACAAGAGAAAGACGAUAAACGUGUCCGGAUGAAGCAUCCAAUGAUUGCUGAUCAGUGUGUUAAGUUACUGGCUAAGUUCCGUGUGACCAGGGGUGGCACAACAAGAAACUUCUUGAAGUACUUUUUUAAGGCAGAGGUGCCGCAACAUUUGGUGCCCGUCAUCAAAGACAUGCUAACUAAGAGGGAAAUCACAGAAGCACUAGUGGACGAACAGCAGAACGCAGAAGAGGAAACACAGGAUCCCUUUUCCAAACUGAUUCAAGAUAUAAAGGAGUAUGAAGGAUUAGACAUGUGUGAACACAUUCUGAAAGAAGCAGUGGAUAAAUUUGGAACAAAUCCUUUUUUCCCUCAAGCUCUAGCACGCCUCUACUACACUGAAAUUAAAGACUACAAAAAAGCUGAAGAUUGUGCUUUAAAGGCUAAAGAGAGGGCUCCCAACAAUUCCUUCAUCGCAGAUACUCUUGGGCAAGUUCACAAGGGCAAUUUAAGGAAGAAAAUAGGACACACACCGUGUCCAUCUACAUGUGAGAUUUUGGAAAUAGCAGGAAAGGCUCUAAUCGCUUUCAAAGAAGAGGAGAAGGCUGCAGAAAAUGAACUGGAACUAGAAUCAACUAAUUUCAAUGACAGGGGAAGCUUUGGCUAUCUACAAGUGGCUAACUAUCUUUUUGAUGCACUCACAAUGCGUGAUAAUAGGUGGAAAGACAUUCUCACAGGGAAAAACAAAACUCCCUACGUAGUUGAUGAGUUUCCCGGAGGAAAACUCAAUAAGUAUUUGUGUUUCAUUGCACAACUCAAAGACGGAGUGAAGAAAAGGUAUGAGUUCUUUGAAAAGUACCUGACUUACUCAAAGCCCAAAAUAGGAAAAGAGGAACCAGGGUACUUCCAUGAUGAUGUUAUCAGUUGCUACCAGAAAUACACUGGAAUGAUGCCAAUCAGCUUUCCUGGACUGCUCUCGUGUCUUGAUCGAAAGAAAAUUGAUCCUAACCUGCAGUGGAUGGAACAGCACUACAGAACAAUCAAUGGUGAAAAAAGGUCAGAUGCCCAAGCUACUCAAAACUACAUUCUUGUCAACAUCAUCCUGAGCCAAAAGGGAGUAAGACGUGAAACGAGAACCAUCCUUCUACAAACCUUACGAGACAUGCUAAAGAGAUAUGUCAGGGAACAACAGAUUGACCAACCCACUGAAUUUCAUCUCUUGGCUCUAAUGUUGUUUUGGCCUGAGGGUGGGGCCACCCACGACUUUCCCUAUGAACAAACAGUUGAUCUCCUGAGAGGGUCCUUUGAGUGGGACCUCAGUAAGUACUUCCGCUUCAGGUACCUUGUUCCAUUGUUCCUACUCGGAAAGGGUCAGGGUUUAAGCAGACUGGUCCACAAAUCAAGAGUGGAUAUUCUGAUCAUGAAUAACCUUUCCCCAAAGCAGAAGAACAGAAAACUGGGUAAACUGUGGAGCAGUGGAGAGAUAUGGGAACUUGAAGCAAUCAAGAAAUGUCUACUUAGGAUCAGUGGGGUGGUCGAACAGUAUGAAAUAUUCCUGAACGUUGCAGACAACAGAAUCAAGAUUUUCCCAGAUCAAAUGUCCAGCAUUCGGAAUCCUGGACCUGUUUCUUUCUUCCUUGGCUUCAACAUCGGGGGACCAGUGGCCUUCAACAUCAAGUAUGAGGCCAAGUGAAACAUUAACUUCUGAGAAAACCUCAAAGUCAGUCUUCCAUGUUAGACAUCCAAACAGUAGAGAGUCUAACCCACUGUAUAUAUUUCAGCAUCAACAAAAUGGUGUAGAGAUCUUUCCUGAUUAUACUUUGUUUACUUAUUAUACCUGUAACAAGCAUGUGGCAGCAUUUUGGUAUUGUGAGACCAAUGAGUCAAGACAAAAUAAAUAAAG